CUCAGUCGAUUGGCACCGUGAUGAGACGUGAGGUGAGGUUCGCUGUUAUCCUUGCCCUAGUGGCUUGCGCUCGGGAUACUCUCGCAUCGCACUCUCAUAAAGAAAGGAUAUAUCCAUCGGGAUCUGGAUCGGUGAUUGUCGUCUACAAGAAAGACCACGGUGAUCACAAAGAUAGCCACUCGUCUUCCUCACGCGACGGAUAUACUCCUUCCAUCCGCGGAGGCCAUAGUCGGUUCUUGGACGAUGAUCCAGCACGUGGGGAUGAAUUCCGUUACAUCAAGGCCAAGGACAUAAGUGAGGGACCGCAUUUGGCAGCCCCGGGCAAGACCCCAAACCUCCUCCCGACUCCUGGAUUCAUAGAAGGAAGGCCCCACUGCGCCCGCGAGCUCGAUCUUUGUGCUCACAAUCAUGACUAUCCUCUAGACAAAGUCAGUGUCAUCGUAGACCGCUUCUACUCGCAUACAUACGACCUCUACCACUCUCUCUAUCAAACCCCUCCGCAUGAGGUUCAAUGGGUCGAAAAUGUCACGAACGCUUACACGCAUGAGAAACACCACGGAGACUUCGCUUGUAAAUCCGAAGCCACAUACCUGAGGAUCGGUUGGGCUAAGAACUACAAGGGUCACUGGAAAGCCGUCGUCAACACGGAACGUUUCCCACAAACGGCGCGCAUCGAAAAAUGUAAAUAUCGCGAGAAACCCUGCGACUACAUGCCCCCGUGCUACAAAACUUCAUGCAAACAGCGGGAGAUGCUUUACCCUCUGAUCGCGGUCAAUCCCUACGAUUCGAGUCAGAAGCCCCUCGUUGACCUGUUCCCUCUGCCGAGUGGAUGCGUCUGUUAUGUAGACGACACAUUCUUCCACAAGAAGUAGCGUCAGAGUCCAACGCUUCUAUCAGGUCACAAACCCCAUCUUCGCACUGAACGAGGGCUGUUUUGCUCAAAUGCUUGAGAGCUAUUUUCUCGCAAGAAUCACGGACGGAAUGCCGCAGUUUUCAUUGGCCUUCUCCCGAGGAUUGAUUCAUCUGUCUACGAAUUCGAUGGAGGUAUGAAUCAAUCUCCGGAGCUCUCCACGAGUCGAUCUCUCAAAAACUGACCCCCCCAGAUCGGAUCGGAGGGGGACCUCAGGAACUGUCAAGACGACCCGAAGCCGACAUUUUGAUCUGAGUGCUCGAUCGAUCGGUACCACGCUCGAAUGAGGAGCUGUAAUCCAAUUGAAAAUUUCAACGGAGGAAAUUCGUGGCUCAAGUUUGGUUCCUAAUAAAAAUAU